CAACAACUAAUGACUGGACAACACACACAUUCAAAGAAUUUUAUGCAAAAUAUCCGUUCUAUAAAUAGUGCAUUGGCGUUUGCAUCAAUGGGAGCAAACAUUGCACCACCUCCAGGAUAUGGCCCAUACUGUUUUAGAAUAAAUGGCCAAAUUUAUCACCGAUCUGGUGCUUUGCAUCCAGAAAAUGAUGAUCAACGCAAAUUUGCACAACUCUACAUUUUGAGUCCUGAGGAAGCUGCGGACCAACGAGCAGCACUAAAAGAAAAUUCAGGAUGUCACAUUGAACUUUUGAGGGAGUUAAGUUCAUAUAUGUCUCAGUAUAACCCUUUUGCAAAAGCAUGUAAAAUGCUCUAUGAGGUAGAGCAAGAAUGCAUCCAUGAAGCAUCUUUAAAUGGAGUUCAAAAUUCUAAAGUUUCAAUGGUAAUUCUGCAGGACAGAACAUCAGAUUACCGAAGAUAUAACGUACAAAGAGUUAAUGAGGUUGCUGUUAUUUUCCAAAAUUCUGAUGGUGAACCUCCUCUUGAACGUGACCUUCUUAUUCAUUACCGAUCUACAGAUCAAACAAAAAAAACUGAAAGAAUAAGUGUUUUAGAUCCUAAUCUUGAACCAUUGCUCUAUCCUUUGUUGUUUCCAUAUGGGGACCAAAGUUGGGGUUCCAAUAUUGCUCUUAACUUCAGGCCAACAUCAAUUAGUGAUGUACAAAGAAGAGUAACCACCAAUCCAAGGAUAAGAGUUAGCCAAAUGAAAUACUACUCUUACAGAAUUUCAAUUAGGGAUCAAUUCAAUCCUUUCCUUAGUGCUGGCAAGUUGACGCAGCAGUACUUUGUUGAUGCUUAUGUCAAGACUGAGGCCAACAGACUCAACUAUAUACGUCAAAAUCAAUCUAAUCUUCGCAUUGAAAAAUAUACAGGAUUAAUGGAUUACAUUCAAAGUGAGGCUGCUGCACAGGGCCUGAUGCCUGGAAAAGCAGUUAUUUUGCCAUCAUCUUUUCAGGGAAGUCCACGAAAUAUGGCCCAAAACUACCAUGAUGCUAUGGCCAUUGUUAGAAAAUAUGGAAAACCGGAUUACUUCAUCACCAUGACCUGCAACCCUAAAUGGCCUGAGAUACUUGAUAACCUAUUAGAAGGUCAAGCAGUGGAGUUCAGACCAGAUUUGGUAGCAAGAGUUUUCAAUCUCAAAUUAAAUUCUCUUUUGAAUGAUAUCUUGAACAAACAUGUUCUUGGAAGUCCUUGCGCAAAAGUGCAUGUAAUAGAGUUUCAAAAAAGAGGAUUACCACAUGCUCAUAUCCUUUUAAUAUUGAAAGCAGAAGACAAGCCAAAUGAUGCUGAAACCAUUGACACUUUUAUAUCAGCUGAAAUUCCUGAUGAACAUAUUUAUCCAAGACUACAUGCUAUUGUAAUAAAGCAUAUGAUACACGGUCCAUGUGGAGAACAUAAUUUAAAUUCUCCAUGCAUGGUUGAUGGUAAUUACAGCAAGAAUUUUCCGAAAAUUUUUCAAGAAGAAACUUUAAUUAAUGUUGAUGGAUAUCCGCGAUAUCGGAGACAAAAAAAUGAGACCACUGUAAUUGUCAAAGGAAAAAAAAUUGACAACUCAUGGGUAGUUCCAUAUAGCCCAUACUUCUGCUUGAAAUACAACUGCCAUAUAAAUGUAGAGAGUUGUGUUUCUGUUAAAAGUGUUAAAUAUCUCUUCAAAUAUGUAUAUAAAGGUUACGAUUGUGCAAAUAUUUCCAUUAAGGAACAUAAUACACUACAGCAUGAUGAAAUUCAAAAAUUUUUGGACACAAGAUAUGUCAGUGCUCCUGAAGCUGUUUGGAGGUUGUAUGGUUUUUUGAUGCACCAUCAAACACAUACAAUAAUAAGACUUCAAGUUCAUCUUCCAGGCGAACAAGAUGUAUAUUUCCAUAAUGAAAACGUACAAUUAGCUGCAGAAAAGGCACAAGACAGGGAUACCACUUUGACAGCAUACUUUAAGUUGAAUGUGGAUAAUAAUGCGGCACGUGAAUUUUUUUACUCUGACAUUCCUCAACAUUUUGUAUUUGAUGUAAAAACCCGUAAGUGGAAUCCAAGACAAAGAGGAGCAAAUACAACAAUUGGCAGAUUGUAUAAUGUAAAUAUUUCAUCAGAUUUGGAGAGAUUUUGUUUGAGGUUACUGCUCUUGCACUUAAAAGGAGCAAUAUCCUUUAAGGACUUACGAACUGUUAAUGGACAAGUUUGUCACACAUUCAAAGAAGCUGCCCAAAAGCUUUUACUUUUAGAUGACGACGCUACAUGGGAUCUUACACUUAACGAAUCAGCAUCUCAACAAAUGCCUAAACAAAUGAGGGAACUGUUUGCUUAUUUGUGUAUCUUUGUUGUCCCACCUAAUGUCCCACAACUCUUUGAAAAAUACAAACAUCAUCUUUAUGAAGAUUAUUCACGUCAUGAAGACCACAUUGAUGAUUGCAAAAGUUGCAAAAAUUUGGCAUUAACAGAUAUUCAAAAUGUUCUCAUAUUGCAUGGUAAACGUUGUGAAGAUUUUGGACUACCCAAUCCAUCAAACUUCAUUCCAGAAAUGCAAUUCAACUAUGUUACACAGUUGGAAGCCCAAGUUGGAGCACAACUUCAAGAAGCAUUAAACAUCGAGCAAAAAGCUGCAUUUGACAAUGUAAUGUCUGCAAUUGAUAAUGAAAAUUUACCACACAGAUGUUUUUUUAUUGAUGGACCUGGUGGAAGUGGCAAGACUUAUUUAUAUAAAACAUUAUUGAGUACUUUACGUGGACGCACAGAUGGAGUUCUUCCUGUUGCCUCUACAGGAAUAGCAGCUAAUCUCCUUGAUGGUGGCAGAACUUACCAUUCACAGUUUAAGCUUCCAAUUCCAUUACUGGAAACAUCAACAUCAAAUAUGAGAAUGACUUCAAAAGAUGCAGAGUUCGUACGUAAUGCUAAAUUGCUUAUUUGGGAUGAGGCCUCAAUGACACCCGGUAUAGCUCUAAAAUGUGUAAAUAAGCUCCUUCAAGAAAUUAUGCAGAACAAUAAGCCAUUUGGUGGAAAAGUUAUACUCCUUGGUGGAGACUUCAGACAAACACUCCCAGUUCUUCCUCAUUGCAAUAGAACUGCUAUUGUGGAAGCUACUAUAAAGUUCUAUGAUCACUGGGAUAAAUUCAAAAUUUUAAAAUUGAAGAAUAAUGUGCGUUCAGUGGAUCCAGAAUUUAGCAAUUGGCUACUAAAAUUAGGACAGGGUUCAUUAAAUAAUUCAGAGGGCCUUCCUGAGGAUUUAGUUGAGAUCCCUUCCAAAUUAAUAUGCCAUGAUUGUAUCAUAUCUGAAAUUUUUGGAAAAAAGACUUCUUCCAUCUGA